UUUCGUUAAAUUACUGUUCAGUGGCUACGCAAGUGUUUCCGGUCUUUUUUACUUAGGUCGCCAAGCAAAAUGCAACAGAAACGCAGGGAACCUAUUCAUGCUGUUCAAGUUUUUGGACGCAAAAAAACUGCCACCGCUGUAGCCUACUGCAAACGCGGUCGUGGUCUGCUCCGUGUCAAUGGCCGUCCUUUGGAACAAAUUGAACCCAAAGUUUUGCAAUACAAAUUGCAAGAACCUUUGUUGUUGCUUGGCAAGGAAAAGUUCGCUGGUGUAGAUAUCCGUGUCCGUGUCAACGGUGGUGGUCAUGUUGCCCAAAUCUAUGCUAUCCGUCAAGCCAUCUCCAAGGCUUUGAUUGCCUUCUAUCAAAAAUAUGUCGAUGAAGCUUCCAAGAAGGAAAUUAAAGACAUUUUGAUCCAAUACGACAGAACCUUGUUGGUUGGCGAUCCACGUCGCUGCGAACCCAAGAAAUUCGGUGGUCCAGGUGCCCGUGCUCGCUACCAAAAAUCUUACCGUUAAG